AUGGCUUUUCUUGUUUAUCUCAUCUUGCUUUUCUUGUUCCCUUUGGGAAACAACGGUGAGGGUCCACCUUCACCCGGUUACUACCCGAGCUCGGGAAUGGGCUCGAUAGAGUUCGACCGAGUGUUCGUGAAUUUGUGGGGCCCUCAGCACCAAAGGCUCGAUCAAGAGGAACUCACCAUUUGGCUCGACUCGACCUCAGGCAGUGGAUUUAAAUCGUUGAGUUCAUAUUCUUCCGGCUAUUUCGGUGCGUCGAUUAAGGUCCAUCCUGGCUACACUGCAGGAGUCGACACGUCGCUCUACCUCUCAAAUAUUGAGGCCCAUCCAAGGGACCAUGAUGAGAUAGAUAUAGAGUUUUUGGGCAACAUAAAUGGGCAGCCUUAUGUUCUCCAAACAAAUGUGUACAUAAGGGGCAGUGGGGAUGGGAAUGACAUGAUAGGGAGAGAAAUGAAAUUUCACCUUUGGUUUGACCCAACACAGGAUUUUCACCAUUAUGCCAUCAUCUGGAAUCCAAGUGAGAUCAUCUUUUUCGUGGAUGAUGUGCCCAUCAGAAGGUACACAAGUAAAAACGAGGCCACAUUCCCUAUGAGGCCCAUGUUGGUUUAUGGAUCCAUAUGGGACGCCUCAGAUUGGGCCACAGAGAAUGGUAAAUACAAAGCUGACUACACUUACCAACCAUUUAUUGGCAAGUACAAGAAUUUCAAGGUUAGCGGCUGUGACGCCGACACCAACACCGCCACCUGCAGCCCGGCUUCCGGCAGUCCUUAUGGGCCCAAUGGGCUGAGCAGCCAGCAGUAUUCGGCCAUGGAAUGGGCCCAAAACAAUUAUAUGGUUUACGAUUAUUGUCGGGAUCCUCAGCGAGACCAUAGCCUAACACCCGAGUGCUAG